AUGUUCACCAAUAUAGCAGUCCACAAGCGUAUGAUACACCCAAUUCCACCAUGGGAAUUUUUUGAGCCCCUAAUUGAUCUCCAUGUAUACAAUAAUUCAUUCGGUAAAGACCUCACAACUAAACAAACCUAUAGCAACCUCACUACAGAAAUGUAUGAUAAAUACAAUGGAUACUGUAAACUAUACACCGAUGGCUCAGUAAAAAAUGGAAAAAAAGGUUGUGGAAUUAUCCAUGACGACCAAACUUUCAUGUACCAUCUACCAGACUUUACUAACAUCUUUUCUUGCGAAGUAAUAGCAAUCAAAAAAGCAAUCGAUCAUAUAAUCGAGAACAACAUCCAAAAAGCCAUAAUUUUAACUGAUUCAAAAUCAGCACUCGACGUCAUUUCAAAUACCACUAACAAAGACCCCAGAAUUAUAAAAAUUCAAAGUAAACUGCAUCAACUAAAUGACAGACAAUACCACACGAUACUAGCAUGGCUACCAUUUCAUCAAGGUCUCCAGGGCAACGAAGAAGUAGACCUGGCGGCAAAAAAAGCCCUAACAGAAGGUACCUUAACAACAAAUGAACAAGCAACACCUGACGAGUUUAAAAAAGUAGUCAAUGCCUACAUAUGGGCCAAAUGGAAUGGAAAUUGGAUGAGCUCAGAUUCACUUUUACACCAAGUAAGAGCUAAUGUAUGGGAAAUACCUCCAAAGUCAUCAAAUCGCAAAAUCCAAACCAUAAUCACCCGCCUAAGAAUAGGUCACACCUAUAUUACUCACAACUACCUGAUGUCACGAGAGACCCAUACUAAAUGUCCAAAAUGCAACGCACCAAUAACUGUACACCACAUAUUGGCUGAAUGUCCACUCAACACCGCCCCAAUCCAUCAAGUACAGCGGCCAAAUGGGAAAAUACCCAGAGCCUAA